AUGCGGACGCGUUCGAGCUCCGGGUUCAACGGCAUCCCCGAGAACGUCGCGGCCGUCGUGUUCUCGCACCUCGGGGACGACCCGCGAGACCGCGUCGCGCUCGCCCAGGUGAGCAAGGUGUGGAGGGACGCGGAAAAGUCUGACGCGUCGUUGCCUGGGGGCUCUCUGCGCGCGUUGUUCAAGCGCGGUGAACGGCUUUACAACUGUGGACCGCGUGCGCAUGCGAUCAUCUGGUGGCGUUUGGGUGCUGAUCGUGGAGACGUCGGCGCCAUGUACGUGAUAGCACAUUGCUACCAUGGCAUGCAGUUUAUCGGGGGCUUAUCGAGCGACUACAACGGCGUGAAGCAAGACCACACGAAGGCUUUCGAGUUGUGGGAAAGAGCGUCAGAGCGUGGGCACGCCGACGCGACCCACUGCCUCGCUACGAGCUACGAGCUCGGCCUCGGCGUGAAGGUAAAUGAAACGAAGGGUAUGGAGCUGCACGUCAAGGCGGUGGAGCUGGGUUCAAAAGAUGCCGCAUACUAUCUCGGGAACGUCUACCUCAGGAACGUCCGCCCACCCACCGGCGUGGCACUGAACAAAAAAGAGGCGCUGAAGUGGUUCCGCGUCGCGGUGGAGCUCGGCUGCAAUAGGUCCGUAUAUUGGAUGACCGGACUCGAGGCCGAGCUCGCGGCGACGCAGACGAACACGCAAAAUUUCGAAAGUUUCGACGAGGACGAGAGCAUGACCGAGAGCUUGAGCUAA